AUGAAGACCACCCUUUCUGCGCUGGCCCUUGUGGCUCUCUCCUCUGCCACCCCCGUCUCCCUCAAGGAGCGCCAGGGCCAGAGCACUGGCGACGGUCCGUUUGCGCCAGCGGGCUACUACACCUCCAACGCCCUGCAAGGCCACACCUUCUACGCGCCCAAGGAGAUCCCGGAGGGCACCAAGCUGCCCGUCAUGCUCUGGGGCAACGGCGGGUGCUCGGCAGACGCGACGGGGCAGGCUCCCUUCCUCACGCAACUCGCAUCGCAUGGCGUACUCGUCAUCGCGAGCGGCACGCCGGGCGGGCAGGGCAGCACGACGGCCGACGUCAUGAAGCAGUCGAUCGACUUCAUCAGCACCAACGCGGGCCAGGGCGACUUUGCCAGCGUCGACGCCUCGCGCAUCACGGCCGCCGGCUGGAGCUGUGGUGGCGUCGAGGCCUACGCCCAGAUCUGGGACGACCGCGUCCAGAGUGUCGGCAUCUGGAGCUCGGGCCUGCUGACCAACUACACGGCGGCCGAGAACUUCCGCAAGCCGGUGUUCUUCUUUCUGGGGGGGCAGAGCGAUAUUGCGUUUGGCAACGGCGAGCGCGACUACAACGCCAUGCCCGCGGGGGUUCCCAAGUGGAAGGGCAACCUGGAUGUUGGCCACGGCGGUACCUAUACCGACUUUAACGGCGGCAAGUUUGGUGUGAUUGGCGGCCACUGGGUGGAGUGGACCAUGCGUGGCAACAGCUCGGCGUCUGCGUACCUUACCGGUGAUGGUGCGAAAGCCGAUGGCUGGCAGGUGGUCUCUGCGGACUUGGACAAGUUCAGCGUUGAGCCGAUUGCUUAG